CAUCAUCCACCGUCGCCAGUACCACCACCACCACCACCACCACCUAUGGCACCACCACCGUCGCCGAUAACCACCGGAACCAAGAGUCUGGUGGCAGAGAGGCUGUCGCUCGCGCAGUCUCCCGUGCGCGUACGAUCCCAAUACAACGACACCGCUUCUCUGACCCUUCAAGGCAGCCAGACGAAGAUCCAGAGGAUCAAAAUGUCGGAGGCGGAAGAUGUACGAACGGUAGCGGGCAGCAAUGAUUUCCAGAGAACCGUCGACGCUGGAAGUGGAAGAUCGAGUUCGAUAGACUAUCUGGAUACCUACGAGGACAUCCCGAAGGAGACCGCAAAAGAAUAUCCAGAAGAGACUAAAGAGGGACUGUGCAAAGAGGAGAAAGAGAAAGAGGCAUUUCUGGAGAACGAGAGGAAGUCGUUCGAAGAGAAGAGAGAGACCACGCACGCAGCGGGUUCGCGCACGGGAACCAGUGACAACAACGACCACGACGAAAGAGGCGUCGAGCGACGAGAAGAGAGCGCGAGGGGAACCGGGGCCACUUCGUCACCAGGUAUCAUCGAUGGACGGAACGAGAACGCGCCAGUCGGUGAGUGGAAUUCAUUGCCGCUACUGGUAGAGCGUCUACGCGCCGCGCUCGAGCUCUCCCUAGGGGGUCGUCGUCGCGAGAACGGCGCAGGCGAGCAGCUCCCGGAGGACUCAGGCGUCGACUCCGAAGAGGACUUCCGUAUACGCAAUUCCAUGGAACAGGCGUUGGGCAGUUGCAACGAACCUGAACUCAAGAAAGACCUCAAGUUCCUCGAGGAUCUGUUGCUCUCCGACAUACAGACUGCUCUAUCGCGUCUUCGGGAGACUUUGCAAAAAAUCGACGUGACUGCUGUGGGCGCUGCGUCUGACCCGACGAGCAAAUUGCAAUUAUUAAGAUUGGUGUCUAGUUUAUUAUCCAGGCUCCAAGUAUCUGAACAGGCGAGUACCUGUGAAAAGGUACCUGCAGUAUUGCCUUCGACGUCCCUCAGUCGGAGACGAAGGGGAACCAGGCACACGAUAGGGGUUUCUACAGAGGAGUUGGCCAAAGCUAGGAAGUGGUUGGAAGUGGAGAGAAACAUUGUACCUUUGAAGGACGUCGCGGUUUUAGUGAAGGAACAGAAAGAACGGGGUGAGAAUGCAGUAGAGAAGAAAUCGGAGGAGAUCCGAGAUAAGUGUACUAAGGAUGCUAUAAAUCAGCGUCAAUUGUUGGAGGACAAGAACAAGGAGGUCAGGGACAGUUGUGUGUUUCGUGGUAUACAACAGGUGGACGUGAAAGACUGCGAAAUUGGUGGUGAUUCGAGUAUGUACCAGGUUUCAUAUAAAAAUAAUUACCAAAGCAAAGAGUAUAGUAAUGAGAACUGUAUCGAAGAUAACGAGGAGAGGAGUCGCGUAAGCCAAUUGGCGGCUGCUCUUAGGCAACGAGCCGAGCUGGCGACUUCUGGUGCGAAAUACGUGGGCAACAAAUUCAGUGCGAAGAAGUCGAAGAUAAAACGCGCGAACACUAUCGACAUACCCAGUUACUUGAAGCUUCAGGCACAGACUCUCGGCCACGAGACCACGGGCUGCGUCUCGUUGAGAAGACCGAUUAACGUUGGGGACAAGGCUUAUAAUUCCGCGAGUGUAAUCGUGCCUGCGUUUCAACCGAAAACCGAGAACGAUAGAAAAUUUCUAGCUCUGAUCAAUAAAAAUAACGAAUCACCGGCGGUGGCUCCGGUAGUGCCAUUUAAAACUCUUGGACAGGCGCCGUUGACAAGAACCAUGGACAUGUCGUCGGUGACUAACGAGAAUUGGAACAGUAAGUUCUCGAACUUAAAAACGAAUUUCGAUAAACAGCCUACAACCGAGGAAAAUAAACCGUCCCUGAAGACUCGUGCCAAUAAAAUAUUCGGUGCGCCGCAAGCUCAAGUUUAUCCUACCCAAAAUUACGUUCCUCAAGUAACGUCCGUGGGUUUCAGACACGCAUCAUCGUCCCCUUUCCGUAAAAUCGAGAAACCGUCCCCGGUGUCUCCUUCGAAGGUGCCUCCCUCGUAUCACUGGCCAAAUAAAGCACCGAUGCCGUUGAAAGAGAAAGCACGGAUGAUGUUCGACAAAGAGAACACCAAAUCCCUCAGGUCCGAUGAGAAGCCUAGUUUUCCACGGCCACCGUGGAUCGAGCGGAACGAAAACAGGACUAAUGACACGGUCACAGAAAAUGGUAAAUUGGACUAUCGAUCCUUCUGCAAACAGUUCGCGCCAUUCGUUGGUAAAGCUCCCCCCAUGCAAUCCAAGAAGCCCGAUAUACAACAACGAGUUCCCGGAGUGGUGGACGGUAAAAUUUCCUUCAAAGUAGUGGCGGACAAACGCAUCUAUCCCCCGACGGGACGUCGUGACUCCAAGGAGAAAAUGGGAAUGAAAAGUGGAACAGAACACAUAGAAAAUAUUUAUGCCGAUGCUAUGCUGAGAGGCAGUUCUUCCGUGGCCGUUCAAACCGGAAUCGACGAUCACCAGGACGAGGGAAGAUCGUUCAAAGUUACACCUAAAAUGUCGAGAAAACAGAACCCGAUUUGUAGCAACGCUGCUGUGCAGACUGCAAGUGAUUUGGAUAAAGGAACUACGAAACAGUGGAAACCGCUUUAUUAUGAACAAUCUGACUCGGAUCAGACUGAAAACGGACAGAGGUUUGUUUUGGAUCACAAUCAGAAUUACCGAACUGUGUCUAAUGAUUCGGACUUCGGCAGUCCUGGGAUAGCUACGGGCGCGCGUCAUACGACUAAUGAACAGGAUUUCCGGGAGCAGGAAUCGUUUGAUGGAAAGAAUAGUUUCAGAGAAUCAGAGCUACUUCAAAAAAAGAAUUAUCUGUCUAAAGACACUGACAACCAGGAUUAUCCAUCUUCCUUCGUCUCUCCUGCUUUCUCUAAUUACAACCAAUCCGACGAAGUGUUGGAAACUCCAGAGCUAAGUGUCAUUGAUUGGCCUACGGAAAAUUCCGAUUUUCUGGACGAUCAGCAUAUACAAAAUCAAGACAUCAGUCCAGAAGUUGGCGUUGUUACACGAUAUACGUGCGCCAUUGCAACCGUGGCAUCGGUGGACAGUCCUGAACCCCGUUCCGAGGAAGUGGUAGCGGACUCCAGGACUUCGUCGUCGCCGUCGCCAUCUCCCUCGCAGUGGUCCUGGUCCAGAUCAAGACCACCGACCAAUGAAACUGUUACCUCGGAGGAAGAGAUUCGACGACACAACUUGCUGCAACAAAGCUUGGUUCGUCGUCUACAAAAUGAAAUCACUUCAUUGAACGAGCCUAAUCAGUACCAGGAUUACAAUUUAGGACAACAUCUGACAGUUCAAAAUCAGCCCAAGCACUUAAUAAAUCAAUCUUCUAAUAUCGGUCAAAGUCAGUACAGUCAAUCUCAGAAUGUUACACCAAACUAUCAUCAACGUAGUUUCAAUCAAUCACAGAGCAGUACACCAAGUGAUCAAAGCUAUAGUCAAAUUCCGAGUGUCCCCAGCUACGGGCAGCAAAAUUACAAUAAACCUCCACCGAGCUAUCGACAACAGAGUCACAGUCAUCCUACGAACUUAGAACAAUCGUCGAGCGUGAGUCAAGCAUCAAACAGAUUUCCUAAACAUUUAGCACCUGCUCCUCAGAAAAAAGAAAAGUCCCCUUCGCCAGGUACAAUGCCAGUGAACAGAGUAACUGCUCUGAGAGAAGCUUACGAGCAGACGCCAAGCGCUCCACCGAAACCGAUUCAUAAGGAGCGUUCACCGAUUCCGAACGGAAGUGGUCCAAUCGAUUCUAGCGACGAGUAUUUAGUAUCAUGCACAACGAAACCCACGAGAUCCAUAGUGCUCUCGAAGUCGGAGUCCUGGCAUCAACUGGCGGCCACUAAUUCCUCGCGAACUCCUCGCGCUCAGCCAUCGCCUCCAAUACCUCGUUCUCAUCCGAAACCACCGAAGCCUAGGUCCCCUUUCUCUCAGAAAUUGCGUUCAAAGCAAUUUGAGGCCUCGUCUAUGGCGGACAGCGUGAAGAAGAUGGAAGACAAAAUUCGACAAUAUUUCGAUCAGCCUUCGGAAUCGGUUGAAACGAAAGAGAUGACGAAACAUAGGCGAUCGUCCAGGUUCGCGGUCAAGGGGAUGGUCGGAUUGUCGCGUAGUCGCACCAUGCCCGGACUGGCCGAUGAGAAGUUACAUUUGCUGAUACCGGAACCACAACAAGUGCCGUUGCUGAACGUGAACACGGCUGACGUCGACAAAGUGUUCGAUGACCUAUUCGAGGAAGCCACCAGAACCGAUAAUCAUUAGAUCGUCCAACGAUCGCAUUCUUUGUUUAACGCGGCGUGUAUUCGAGGAUUCGAUCGCGCGUGUUGGAUUUUCUUCGCUGGGAUAUCUUCAGCCGGGACGACGGUUGUUGUAAUUGUUGAUAUAAUUAUACUCACCCUUCGCUCCUGGUGAUACGUGUUCCAAUCGAAACGAUUUGUCGAUGUGAACAAUUGUCUGGACGCGACGCUUCGAAGUGUUCGUGUUAAAAGAUUAGAAGAAACAGUGAAGGGAAGAACUGGUGAAUAAAUGUUGCGAUCUGCACGCGAAAAGGAGCCCGAGUAAAGUGAGAGAAAGAUAGCAUAUCUUAAAACUGAGGAAAGCUGAAGUGAAACGCAGAAAACUCCCUUCUGACAUUCUUUUUCCCAUUGAAACCGUUUUUUUUUAUUAAAUAAUAAUAAAAUAAUUCGUGGAAAAGAGU